UGUAAGCUGUCAAUGAGCUAUAUGCUAAGCCGUAUAUUAUUCUACCGAAGACCGCUAAGUUCCUAAAUAUUUCGCACUUCUACACCCAUUUAUCCCUGAAAAAGCUUUUUCUGGGACGAUAUCGUCCCUUCAGGGACGAGAAGAGGGGCCAGGGAAGGGCGGAGGAAGUGGCUGGAGUGGUAUGGGAGCGUGAUGGGAUAAUCUGAGGAGCUGGAGGUGAGCAGGACGUGGUCUCAUUUUCACUCGGUGUCAGUUAGAUUGCUCCUCCUUAUCAUGUCUGUAGUUUCGAGUGUGGUGUUUGAACAGAACCCCCCUGCCAACCUUCGUAAGAGCAACUUCUUCAGUUUCGUUUGUAAAUUGUUCGAUGCGAACAAUCAGGUUCUCCGGGUUUCCAGUGCUCUCUGUGUUGGAUUUAUUGAAAAUAACAAGGACACAAAAGUGCUCAGGAACGGUGUCCGGUAUAAGCUGAAGAUACUUACACAGGAUGGGACUGAAGCAGAGGACUAUAUCCAUGUUAUAGUGGUAGACUCGGAGAGCAAUGAGAUUGUCCCAUUUCAAGGGCAGGACCGUAACCCCAGUAUGACCCGAGUGCUUCUCACUCACGAAAGUAUAUGCAGCAGAUGUGCUGCUAAAAAGUCGUGUGGUAACAAGAACGACACUCCAGCAGACCCAGUUAUCCAGGACCACACUGGACUGAAAGUCUUUCUGAAGUGUAAUCAGAACUGUCUUAUCAAUGCGGGCAACCCUAGAGAGCUCCGAAAAUUCAAGCUAGCGAUAAGCGGAACCCAAGAUUUGAGCCUCAACAACUGGGCCUACUCCUCCGCCAUGUUCGUCCACAACAACAGCAAACACGGCCGAGUCACCAAGUCUAAAUCAUCUCCUGACUGUCUAACAGAUCCCAGUAUCUCACUGAUAUGGCCCCAGCCCGGGCCUCUCUGUGGUGGUCGCGCCCUCAUUGUUGGUAAAAACUUUGCAGAAGAUGCUCAUGUACUCUUUGGUACGACAUCUAUUCAUUCAAAGGUGAUAACUCCAGAUGCCAUCCAAAUAGAGGUGCCGCCAGUUAGCCAGAGUAGCGUGAUGAUGGUGACGCUUAUACAGCGGAACCAACUCUUUCAGAGAGGGUGGCACUACACCUACUGUAGCCCGGAGGUGGACCAGAUCUCUGUGUCACCUUUAAAUCUCUCAACGUCUAGACUCGCGAAGCCGUUUGGUCGACACUACAACGAAGCUGAACAGAUAGCCACAUUCUCGAGCAUGCUGGGUAUUAACAGGGAUAGGCCGAGUAGGGGAUACGCUCCCGCUCCUCCCCACUCCCCAACUUACCCUCCUCCCCCUAGAAAACCUAUCGCUAUCUCUGCAAACACUGAGGGAGAAGAAGUUCCGCCGUCAGCUAAAACCCCGAUGGAAGAAAGCCCGUUCAGCUACUCAAAAGAAGGCAGUGCAUUUAACCGAGUCCGGCGGGAACUGGUCCCGUUUCCCGGACCAACCACUCCCGAGGAGGAAGCUGCCCGAUUGGAGACCGCUACUAUUCUUCAAAGUCUCAAAACACGGUCACAUGUUUCCCAAGAUUACAUCAAAAUGGACGCUGAAACAACUACAACUGAGUCGCAGGGUCUCAUCUGAAAUUGGAGCUCCGUACCUAUAAUGUCGGAUCAUUUGUGAAGUAACGACUCUUGAAAGUGGGCUGUGAUUGUUGAGCGAGGCCUCAAUAUUCCGGAGUAUUGUAGGCUGCAGUUCAAGUUCAACCUUUCGUCGCUUUACUCUUGUGAAAUGUGCCAACAUAUUUGAAACGGAAAUAUGAAUGUAUAGACAUAGUAACUGAACGGGAGUAAGGUGGAAGGACACCUGAGAAAUGAUACUGAUUAUUUGAAACUCAAGAGAAACUGACGCUAAAACCUGCCGAGUGAGGGGAUACAAUUUUUCGAAACUCACUCGAUUCAUUCGUUGUUAUAAAAUGCACCCAAUAUUGAAAUGAUUGAAUAAAUGAUAAGAGUAAUGUAUUUGUGAUUUGGGUAUGCAUCAAUGUUCUGCUAGAAAAUCUGUCUUACUCUAAGUUCAAUGUUGAAACCACUUCAAAGAAUUCAUUUUUGAUUUUAUGACAUAAUCAAGUCUUAUCCUGAUUUAUGUUAUCCGAUUUAUUGUCGGCGGUUUUAUAUGUUAACUUUCUAAUGGAGAUAAAUGAUAAAAUGAUGAAAUUUAAGCAACUUAAUACAAGACGAAAACCACAUAUUUCAAAUUGACAUGUUGAAUGUUAAUGUUACCUUUGUUCAUUUCCACGACCUUUAAACAUACUUUACUAAUAUUUACUCAAAGCAAGGGUUCUUCUUGAUGUUCAAUGUUAAUUUGAGAUUCCACUUAACAAUUUAUUUUCAUUGU